CUUUCUUUAAACUGCCGCUUGUGUUAUUAAAAUAAAUAAAAAAACACGAAGAUGCAAUAGUGGAAAGUUUUCUACCGAUUUCGCCGACGAAUACACGAUUGGAAGAAUCGCACGAGGUGUUGUGAUGGAGGGAACGUUUUGGGGUCGGACACUUCCUGUUUUGUAUCACCAGUAUGAAGAAAGAGCAGGUUGUGAAUUGUCAGUUUUCCAUUUGGUAUCCCAUUUUCAAAAAGCACACAAUUAAAAGUUUAAUUCUUCCACUUCCUCAGAAUGUAAUUGACUACUUACUGGAUGAUGGGACACUUGUAAUUUCUGGAAGAGAUGAGACUCCAAGCCAUUCAGCAGCAAAUAAUGACAGUGAAGAUGAAAAUGAAAUACAGUGGUCAGAUGAUGAGACAACAGAAAUUGUCACAGCUCCAGAAUUUCCAGAGUUUGCAUCAAAGGUGCAGGAAGCAAUAAACGUAUUAGGUGGCAGUGUUUUUCCAAAACUCAAUUGGAGUUCACCAAGGGAUGCAAAUUGGAUUGCUUUGAACAGUACACUGAAUUGCCGGAGCCUCAGUGAUAUUUUCUUACUUUUAAAAAGUUCAGACUUUAUUGCCCAUGACUUUACACAGCCGUUUCUCCAGUGUAAUGAUGAUUCCCCUGAUCCCCAAAUAAAUUAUGAGCUUGUUCUGAGGAAAUGGUGUGAAUUAAUUCCUGGAGGAGAAUUCAGAUGUUUUGUAAAGGAAAACAAACUUAUAGGUAUCUCCCAGAGGGACUACACACAAUAUUAUGAUCAUAUUUCCAAGCAGGAAGGUGAACUUUGUAGAUCCAUUCAAGAUUUCUUUAAGGAUAACAUACAGUAUGCAUUCCUAGAUGAAGACUUUGUGUUUGAUGUCUACAGGGACAGCUCGGGUCGGGUAUGGCUAAUAGACUUCAACCCUUUUGGUGAAGUGACAGAUUCACUUUUGUUCACCUGGGAAGAGCUAACUUCAAAAUGUCGCCCUCAGGGAGAUGAUAAUGAGGGAAAUAUUACAGAGGAGGAUAUGCCUGCAUUUCGUUAUACCACAAGUGAAGUGACAGUACAGCCAAGCCCCUGUUUGAGUUAUCGAAUUCCAAGAGAUUUUGUGGACCUUUCCACUGGAGAGGAUGCCUAUAAGCUCAUUGACUUUCUCAAACUGAAGAGGAAUCAACAAGGAGAGUCAUCUGAUGAAGAUGUCUAAUGUUAAAAUGUUGUACACAUUUUUUUUUAGUAUUCUACAUUUGUCAGGUUAAUAAUAUUUCUAAGGAUAUACAUUGGAAAAACUUUUCUAUUUUAAGAUGAUAUCUGUAAAGUUUCAUUCAUUUAAAGAAAAUUAACAUUUUCUUUAAUAUUAUAAAUAUUAUACAUGUAUGACCUGUAUUUAAUUUUCAACCAGUGAAGCAAAUGUCAUUUAACCGUAAAUAACACAAAUUGCAAGUUUUUAUCUUUAUUUCCUUUAUCUUUGACAUCCUUGACCUUUACAGUGAUUACUGACUGCAUCUGUGAAAAUAAUUAUUGGGAAAAAAUGACUAAACUUAGUGGUUUAUGGUUUUGAACAAUACAUAACUGGAAGAGCUAAUACAUAUGCAUAAACAAAAUGAAUAAAGUCUAAAUUGUUAAAGCAACAUUUAUUAUGGAUUUUUCAAGCUAAUUCUUUGGGUUUAUUUAACAUAGUAUGCAGAGAGGAGCAAAGGGUACCUUUUUGGUCUGACUUUACGCUGAUUUGACCACUUGGAGAGGGAAGGGUAAAUGAGAGACCUGGAGAAACUCUCCAAAGCAAUUUGUGGUGUUUUUUUGUUUUUUGUUUUUUGUUUUUUUUUUUUUUGCGCUUUUGGCCAAAGUUCUUAUAGUACUCACUAUACAAUAUUUGAACCAUUAUGAUAACCUGUUUAGCAGCCUUAUGACAUUUGGGUAGAAACUGUCCCUGAAUUUACUGCUGUGAGUGCCAGUGGUCCUGUACCAUUUGCAUGAAGGGAGGAGUGUACCUUUUGCCUUUCUAAGACCACGUUUCAUAGCUCCAUAUUGAUCUUGAGCUGAGCAGGUGCCAUAUCAGAAUGUGAUGCAGAGAGUGAGGGUAGACUUCACUGUGCUAGUUAUGAAAUUAGGGACUAACUUUUAUUUUUGAAACGAUGCAUUAUAGUUAAAUACAACUUUUUUGUCAGUAUUCAGGGACAAAUUAUUUCCUUUUUUAAAAAGACACUCAUUGACUAGACAGAGAAUGAACAGCUAAAAUGCCAAACAAUUUUAACAGUUCACCUGCCAGUGGUAUAAUUUAAAAAAAAGUGAAAAAGCAGUAGUACAGUAUCACUGUUAAGAACUUUGGGAAUGUGUUUUUGAUAAUAAGCUUUGUAUAAAGUAAAAGAUGUUGUUUGUUUGCUUUCAUCUCCUGAAAAGUACUGCACAUUUUAAGCUUUUAUACAACACAUUCUUGUCAUUGUGGUUUCCCAUCCCAGAAGGCAUGUUUUUCUUAGGUAUUCAGUCUUUUACCACCUAACAGAAAAUUCUGAAAGUCACUUAAGUUCAUGAUAACAAAGAAUCCAUCCAGGCACCACUAAAACACAAGGUAACAAAUAGACAGGGACAUUAGGCUCUGUAAGGGCUGGCAUACUCACCCACAUACACACCCGCACACCCAAUUUAAAUUUUCCAGUUAACUUAAAUUGCACAUUUUUCAGGUUGUGGAAUUAAAACUCAAGUACCUGGAGGAAAAGUCAGGCAGACACAGGGAAAACAUGCAAACUCGACACAUACACACAACAAUUGGCCGCUGGCUCUGUAAGACAAUAACUGUACCCAGUGUGCUGCCCAUCUUUUCAAAGAGUUAACUGGGAUAUUAGUUAGUGAUGAAAUGCAAUAAUUCUUAAUGAAAUCCAUAUAGUAGGUACUGUUUACGAACACAAUAAUACAUUUUAGUGUACUUCCAAUUUCUUUCCAUAGUCACAAAAAGGCAUUUGAUUCUGGAUGAAUGUACCUUUUGAUGUUUCUAAAUCUAGGACUGUUUAAAUUUCCAUGCGCUCACUGCCUCCAGGUUAAGUUUAAGUUCCUUCUGAAUUUUCUUAAG